UCCUUCUCUCGCAUACUUCUUCCCUUCGCCCGACUUCUACUCUCUCUUUCUCUCUCACUCUCUCUCACUCUCUCGCACCACUCACACUCGCCAUAUACUCAAACUGCAACACCAGCUCGCUCUCUCCCGCCCCACAACCACACGCCGCGCACGCAUUCUUCUCGCGCAUAAUCUGCAGGACGAGAAACCAGGAGAGACCCAGAGUAAGCAACAAGCAACAGGCACCGGCAAGCAGCAGGCUAAAAGUCAUAAAGCAGCCUUCUCUACUCUGUCUUCACAACUUCGCCACCAAACACCCCAUACCUUCACACCCGCGCACCUGCCCCUUCCCCUCACUACUACCCCAUACAGCUAUUCAUCACAAUGGGAGGAUUCCUAUCCAAAUCAAAGACUCAAAAGUCAAAGGACCCCAAAUGGCAAGGCAUAGGCCCCAACACCCCUCUCCCCUCCUCUCCCUCCAACAACAACAACAACAGCAUCAGCAACAACAACAACAACAAUAGCUUCAACCAGUCCGGGGCCCAACCACGGUCCCAGAACUUGCCUACUCAAGGCACCCAACCAAAGAACAACCUCACCAACAACAAGAGCACAAAGACAGCUGCAGGAAAGAACGGCAAAUCUUCAAAGAUCAUGCUGCUCCUCAAGAUGGACCCCAAGGCCGGUGGACAACGCAAGGUGAUCACAAAGAACCUGAUCAGUCUUCCCUCCGACUUUCGACAUACUGGCCACAUCGGUGCAGGUGAGGUUCGAAGCGGACAAAUCAAUCCUGACAAAAUCAGGAACCAGAUGAUGGAGGUGGCAGCGUGUUUGAAGCUUGACAUGAACACACCCAUGCCGACGCUCAAGACUGUGCCCAUCGAUGGCGAGAACCGAGAAAGCCUAUACAGCGGGCCCAACCAGGUUGAUCGAUUUGUGACGCGCCCAGCAGCAGAGGCAGUAGCCUUCUAAAUGGAUGUACAAUGGCCCUCUUCCGACAAGGCUUCUAAUUCGGUGCCUUUGUACUUCUUCCCCUUUCGUGUCUACAAAUAUUACCCUCGUUUUUUUUGCUAUCAAAAACUAAACGCUUUACGAAUAUUCCAUUGCUUUGUAGUUUUUUUUUAUCACCCUUUCAAAUAUGCAACCAUCCCCCCCUUCCGCCCCCCCCCCGCUCCCACUCCACAUAGAGUGCGAGCGUUGUAAAUGUCACCUCCUCUUCCAAUGCUCCCGUAGCGCUUAACGACUUGUUUGCAGAAAUACUAAUGAACAGUAAUAAAACCGAUGAUUUAUACCGAAAAAA